AUGGCUCGGGAAAUCGAGCAGGUGAUUCUGAGUGGGUUGGGUGCUGCUUGGUAUGGCAACCCUGAAGUUAAGGAUCGACUGUCUUUUGAGGCUCCGUCUUCCUUGAUCCUGCCAGCUGCCGGGGAGAAGGUUCCUUUAGCGAAUCAAGAAACAGUGGUUAUGAAUGAUAUGUUCGUCGUCCCGAUCAUCAUUCAGAUGCGAGCCGCUAAAUCUUUGAAGAUUCCUAGCAUGGAAACCAUCGCAGAGGAGUUAGAGGCCUUGUGGAUGAAGUUUCACGAGGCUAGGCAGAAAAAGGCGUACAAAGGACGGUUUCCCAAAAUGCCCAGCGACUUUAAGUUGCCGGAUCAUGUGCAAGCGAUUUGCAUCACUGACUCCAAGCACAUAAAGUCCCUUCUGUCAAUGGCGAAGAAACAGUUCCAAAGUGAGAGGGAUGAGUAUCCCGAGCUCGACACGUCAAGCGCCGAUGCCUCUCAUGCUGCUCCUUCCCAGAUGCCUGAUGAAGAGCCCCAGCCUUUGCAAACGGAGCCGAAACCAGCAAGCCGCACAGCUGCCAAGACGAAAGCGAAGAGCCACAUUUUCGAGCCCCAGAAUGAUGACGAUGACGAUUGUGAAAUUAUGGGUAGCUCAAAUGCUUUGGCAAAGCUGGGAAAACGCUCGCACAUAGACCAGGAGGAGACGCAGGUCACCGAGGAUGCUGAAGAAGUUGUUUUACGUAUGGAUCAGUUGGCCCUGAGCCAGAAAAGGAAGGAGAUUGCACAAGCCAAAGGUAAGGCCAGCAAAAAAACAGAAGUUCCUGACGAUCUGCCUGAUGGAGAAGACGAGGUCCCAGACCCAGAGGAGCCCGAGGAAGAAGAGAAGCCGACGCGGGGUCGAGGCAGAGGUGGAGGGCGGGGAGGCCCCGGAAGCCGGGGGGGCCCCGGAAGCCGGGGGGGCCGUGGAAGCCGGGGUGGCCGGGGAGGGCGGGGAAGCAGGGGCACGGGAGCAAUGAAGAGACCAGCUGCAGCUGCUAUGCUUUCGCAUGAGGAGCCAGAGGAGGAAGAUGAUGAGGAAGAAAAGGUUAAGACGCCAGUGAAGAGCCCAGUGAACCCAGGAAGCAACCUGAAAGUGAGGUUUACCCCCAGAAAGAAGGCCAAGGCCAAGGCUACCCCAAAGAAGAAAGGCACCCCGAAAAAGAAGAAGAACAAACCCCCUGGAACUCGGACGGAGGAGUGCAUAUCUAUCCUAAGUGGUGUGCUUCAUCUUUGUUUACCUCAUGUCGAGCUUGUGAAAAUCCCUGCUAGGAGGAACUGGAAAUCAAGGCUUUCAUUCAUGAGUACAACCGUGCCGCGACUGCGACCUACAGAAUCAUGGCAUAUUGGACGAGACCAGCAUUCGGAGUGUUGGAUAGCAAUGGAAGCCAAGCAGCUAGGCGAAAUAGAUUGUAAAAUAGGAUUGCUAGUAUCUUCGUGGGGUCAAGAACAGAUGUUCCUCAACUUCUAA